GUUUAUCACCAAUUUUAUCACCAAUUUUAUGCAUGUCCCAACUUCCUCUCCGGUGCCUCUAUCAAAAGUGCAAUAAUUAUUAGGUAAAGAUCAUUAACUAAACAAGUGCAUAAACCUAUUAUGGAUAAGUGGGGAAAUGAUAACUAUGAUUGUUGCUAUUAUUGAUGCUGAAGCUUUGCAGCUCUUUCUAUUUCUUGCAGCUACCAAUAGCUAUAGGGGUGGUAGAUUAUGCUCGAGAUAUGUAUUAAUUGUAUGCUUAAGUUAACAGCCUGAGCCAGCAUUUCUUGGAAGAGUGUUUCCGCCCCUGAAAGUAAUAAUAUGUGCUGGUAAUGAUCUAAUGUUUGGCUGCUGGUUUGAUUUGUAUUGCUUAGGCGAUGGAGAUGGAAUAAUUCAAGUAGCCUUACUAGAUCUAGACAGUUUAGGUGCAUCAGGUGCUCAAUGCUGCACCGUGUUCUGUCACAUACUAAGCUACAAUUAAUCAUGCACAUGCAUGCAUGGACAGAAAUAAUAAAUAAUUGUCCUGAACCAGGAGCACAUAUUACAGAAAGAGCGUCUAACUCUAUACAUGGGUGUGGGAAUCACUGUUUUCCUAAACACCGCAUUGCCUUAUAAGAAGAGUGUUUAAGUACUGUGUAUAAAUUAUGGACCGCGGUCAGCCUGUGAAUAUCAUUAUGAACGGAUGUUGUAUGUAGUGAAGCAGCAGGAGAGCUAGGUUGAGCCAGAAAGAGCUACCCUGGGGUGAACUGUCAUAAAUUGAUUAGGUAAAGAUCAUUACAGAAGUGCAAUGCUAUUAGCUAACCGAAAUAAUAAUUAUAUGCCACUAUAGGAAGUCCUGUCCUAGCUGUAUUACAUAAAUUAAAGGGCAUUUUCUGUAUAUUUCAAUGCAACUAAAUCUAGAUCUAGACUUCUAGACAUGACAAAUGAAAUCUGCUUGGAUCACUUGAAGGCAGUUCUAGUGUGUGGCGUAUUGCUCUCUUAUUUCAGUGCAGGUAUAUAUAACACUAAUUUAUAGAUUGUUUCAACCAGAUAGUAUAUAGACUAUUAAUUAUCACUGCUUUAAUUGUUAUACCCACACUAGUUCCAUUUGUCCUAAUGAAAUUGUCACCUUUACCUGCGCUCUGCCUGGUACUACGGGUGUGGACCUUCAAUGGACAGUAACCCCACCACCUGGACUGAAUGUGCCUACCGGUAGUGCAUCUGGGUUAGUGAGUAACAGUAUUGUAACAAGGGAGAUUGGCUCUGAUGGGUUCAUGUUCCGGGCUGAUUACUCCGGACACAAUGGAGGCAUGAUCAUAUCGACACUCACCACUCUCACCAUGGUGACAGCGCUGGGUGGAGCUAUGGUGAACUGUCUAGUGAUAGGAGGAGCAGGAGAAGGUCCAAUACCCAUCAGCGUGGCAGACACACAUUUUACACAGAUCUCCCCUCCCCUCCCUUGAACCCAACAAUUUCCUUCACUCUGAACCGACCCAGUUUCUCUAAUAUCUCUCUGAAUUGGGACCCUCCCUCAUCUACUGGUGGUGUGUCUGUCAGCUAUAUCCUUAUCAUCUCCCCAACACCUCUCUCUGUGUCAUCAGUCACCAUGGAGACCACAUCAGCACAGAUCAUUGUCUCCUAUAACACACCCUACAACGUGACUGUCAGAGCUGUCAACUGUGCUGGAAUGAGUAUUGCUUCAAUGCGGUUCACUAUACCUUCCAUAGGCAAGCAAAUGUUAAAUUACUGUCCCAACAACUAAUACUUCUCUCAGUUUCCUGUCCCUCCUCCCUCUCUGCUGCUCAGUAGUGGGGUGGUAAACAUCCAGAUACCCAGUGUACCUACUGUGGACUCCACACUUACCUUCACUUGUUCUGAAGAUAAUUAGAUAGUAACCUCUAUCUGUGGCAAUAAUGGACGAUGGAGUCCUAACCCUGAGAAUUUCAUGUGCCUGAAACCCCCAGUGACCUGCCCAGUUCCCGGAUCCCCCUCUAUGGGUGGUGUGAACACUAGUGGUCAGUCUUACACAGAGGGGUCACAGGUCAUCUAUCAGUGCAAUGAUGAACACUUUCCCGAGGGUUUUCUGACUGCAACUUGCACAAGAGAUAGACAAAAUGGAGUGUGGGAUCCUAAUCCAAGUGCUGUGGUGUGCAGGACUUUGCCAGUCAACUGCACUGUCCCUGAGGACCCAUCCAACGGCACUACUAUAGUGAACUAUGAGAGGUUGAACGAGACAGUGUUGGAGGGAAUAGUGCUGACUUACCAGUGUGACAAUGGACUCUCACUGACUGGACUCUCACUGACUGGACCCAGCACCAUCAUUUGCACUAAUGCUGGAGUCUGGAGCACUGAGCCUGACACCAUCAUGUGUGUACCCACAACAACUGUCCCUCUACUGGCUGAUAACGUUGGGCUAUAGCUGGUGGUUCUCUUAGCAGUCUGUUUGUGGUGGUACUGGUUGUUGUGGUGUUCAUAGUCUUAGUAAUUAUCAACAAAAAGUGAAGGAAAGGUUGUUUCAUGUUAAACUGACUCUUUAUGACUUGGUUCAAUAGGUAGCAGCCAACUAUCAGACGAUAAAGUUCCAAAAGUCGCAGCUGGUCCAGUAUACGAGGAAGUCGGUCUAGCAACAGCGCAAAGAACACAAGACAUUCAAGUGGAGUCCAAUGAAGCUUAUGAACAAAUGGCAAAGCAAAACAUUGAGUUGCAGUCAAACCAGGCUUAUGGAGAACUCAAAUAUACAGCUUAAUAUAUUGAACUGAACUAUACUUGUUUGUUGAUUCAAUAUGGUAUAAGAUAGCAAUCAUUCCCAUGGGUAUUCUGACUGCCACUAGCACAACAGAUGGACAAAAUGGAGUACGAGAGCCUGAUCUCAGUACUAUACAUAGUGCUGUUACUUUAUUAACUGCGUGCUGUCCUACAAGGUCAACUGCACUGCCCCUGAGGAGCCAAGCCAUCAGCAGCCAGGGUGCUUUUCAUUAUUUAUAGUUGAGGGUGUAUUUUGUGCAAACACUGUUGUGUUUGAGUUUUGUGAUGGUCUCCUACUGAAUGUGUGGGUGGAAGUAUGCAAAAUAAUAUUAUUUUUCUGAUCUUACACUAAUUUGUAUGGUGCAUGUGGUUUUCUUGGCUUCCUUUAUUACUAAAUAUUAGUCUGAAAAGAGGUGUGUUCUUUUUAAUUAAAUACUAUUUUCUAUGAGUCCUAGAUCUAGAUCAGGCCUCCUGCAAUCCUGCGAUGCAAGUAAAAGCAGUUAUUAUCACUAUUCAGUUGUUUGCUACUAGUGUUGCAGCCACACUGACAUCCACCUCCACUGUGGCCUGUCCUGAUGACACUGUCACCUUCACCUGCACUCUGCCUGGUAGUCUCAUACGAUGGAUGGUCACUUCUCCACAACUGCAAGUAUUUACCAUAACUGUGGACACCAGCAACACUGAUGUCACACAAGGUAAUCCAGCAUUCCGUAGUGUUUUCACUGACUCUAGUGGAGGAAUGGUUACUGCCAAUCUCGUCUCACUGUCUGAGGCCUCCAUUGUAGAAGGUACUAUGGUGUUGUGUGAUGGAGAGAGCUCACGAGAAGGUCCUCUCACUAUCACUGUGGCUGAUCCACCCUCCCCUCUACUCAACCCAAGAGUAUCAUUCACUCUAAACCAACCCAGUUCCUCUAAUAUCACUCUGGAGUGGGACUCCCCCUCCUCUACUGGUGGUGUGUCUGUCAGCUAUGUUCUCACCAUCUCCCCAACACCUCUCUCUGGGUCACCAGUCACUGUGGAGACCACCUCCACACAGAUAACCAUCUCCUACAACACUUUAUACAAUGUGACCGUCAGAGCUGUCAACUGUGUUGGAAUGAAUGAAAGUUUAAUUGUUGAUCUAACUCCUUCUUGUAAUACAGUGGUGUGCCCCACACCGUCUACUGCUGCUGGUGUGACCAUCAUCAACACACCUCCUGUCACUAUUGGUGGAUCCAUGCUCUCCUUCACUUGUAGUGGAGACAAUGAAGUGAGAACCUCAACCUGUGGCAUUAAUGGAUGGUCUCCUGACCCUGGGACCGUUGACUGCAACAGUCCAGUUACAGAUCCCCCAGUCAUCUGUAGUUCUCCUGCCACACCGUCUGGAGGUCGUGUGGACAUCAGUGGUGUCCCACCACCUUUCUCAUUGGGUUCAGAAGUUAUAUAUCGCUGUGACGAGAGACUGUUUCCCCUUGAUGUGAGGACCAGCAUAUGCACUGAUGUGGGGGGUAGGGGAGAGUGGGUGGAGAAUCCUGGGAGCUUGGUGUGCAGGGAAAGGCCAGUCAACUGCUCUCUACCUGAGCAGCCCUCCAACGGAACUAUAGUAAACUAUGAGGGGUUGAAUGAGACAGUGUUGGAGGGAACAGUGCUGACUUACCAGUGUGACAAUGGACUCUCACUGACUGGAUCCAACACCAUCAUUUGCACUAAUGCUGGAGUCUGGAACCUUGAGCCUAGCACCAUCAUGUGUGUGUCCCCAACAACUGUCCCUCUACUGGCUGAUAACGUUGGGGCUAUAGCUGGUGGUUCUCUUGGCAGUCUGUUUGUGGUGGUGGUACUGGUUGUUGUGGUGUUCAUAGUCUUAGUAAAGAAAACAAAAAGUAGCACCCAACUGUCAGACAAUAAAGUUCCAAAAGUCGCAGCUGGUCCAGUAUACGAGGAAGUCGGUCUAGUAACAGCACAAAGAACACAAGACAUUCAAGUGGUGUCUAAUGAAGCUUAUGGACAAAUGGCAAAGCAAAACAUUGAGUUGCAGUCAAACCAGGCUUAUGGAGAACUCAAAUAUACAGCUUAAUUAAUUUAACUGAAAUAGUACUUAAUUGUUUGUUGAUUCAAUAUGGUAUACGAUAUAGCAUUCACUUCUAUUGUCAACAGUCACCAUGCACCUUAUUUUGAUUAUUGUUAUAGCAGCUAUUUAAACAAGCAGUUGCUAUAAAAUCAUUUCUUA